CACCUCACCCCUCUCCAUCUGCCUCCAAGCAUUUGGGUUGUUCCUUUGCGUUUAAGCAACUGCCACAAGGCCUGCAGCCUGCUGCACCCAUCCCACCACAGUGAACGGCAAUAACAAAACAAGCCCAUUCUUCUUAUGUGCGGAGCUGAAGUUCCUUUCAACUUGUUGUAUGGGUUUAAAACAGCCAGUGUGGUGUCGUGGUUAGAGGGUUGGACCAUGUAGGACCUGGAAGACCAGGGUUCAAAUCCCCACUCAGCUGUAAAGCGAACUAGAUGACUUUGGGCCAAUCACCGUCUCGAGGGUUGUUGAAUAGAUGAAAUGGCGAGGGAGAAAACCAUGAACACCAACUUGAGCUCCUAGAGGAAAGGCGGGAUAUAAAUAUAGCAAUAAUAGUAAUAAUAAAUAAUCCCUUUGUUGCUAUCAUAGAAUAGUAGAGUUGGAAGGGGCCUAUAAGGCCAUCAAGUCCAAUCCCCUGCUCAAUGCAGGAAUCCAAAUCAAAGCAUUCCCGACAGAUGGCUGUCCAGCUGCCUCUUGAAUGCCUCCAUUGCUGCAGAGCCCACUACCGCUCUAGAUGAUGAUUCUGGAAGACUAUGCUGAUCCAUUUGAUAGCAGACAAGACAUUAGUGGUCCAACAGAGGAGCAGGAAAGGGUGAAAAGUGAAGGCUACAUGGAACCAUAUGAAGCUCAGAAGUUGCUGGCAGAGAUUCAGAAGACCGGCUCCAAGGAUGGGCUAGCUGUUCAAAAGCCUGUGCACUUGUAUGAUACUCCCUAUGAAGCAUCUGAGAAUGGAAUGGACUCAGACCUCCAGCAACCAUCUGGCUUGCAGUGCCGUUACUCGUGGCUGCCUGAAGAUGAUGAGCGGCCGCCAGAGGAAUAUGACCAACCCUGGGAGUGGAAGAAGGAGCGGAUCUCCAGGGUCUUUGCAGUUGAGAUUGAAGGAAUCAAGGAUUUACCGUGGCCCCCGCCUGUUGGACAGCUUGAUAGCUCUACUAACCACUUGGGUGCUGAGGAACCACCCACCCUUCAGAGCAUCAGUGCCAGAUGCCUGCCUACAGACACUCCACCAAGGCUCCAGGACACCAGUACCAGCCUCCCGGACUUCGCAACUCUGACCAGUCACCUGGAUAUCAGUAGCAAGAGUACGGUGAAGAACCAACUGCCGUCUUGCACGGAGAAGAGGAAUAGCGCAUGCUGGCUGAGCAUGGAGCAUGGCUUAGCUUUUGGUGAACGUGUCAAUCCCACUUUGCCACUGGAGAGCCAGGCGUGGUAUCACGGGACUUUGAGCCGAGUGGAUGCUGAGGGGCUACUGCAACUUUGCAGAGAAGCCAGUUACCUGGUGCGGAACAGCGAGAGCAGCCACGAUGCCCUCUCCCUUUCCCUCAAGAGCAGCCAAGGCUUCCUUCACAUGAAGCUCUUGCAGACUGAAGACAAGAAAUUUGUCCUAGGCCAGCACAGUCCACCAUUUGACAACGUCCCUGAGAUCAUCCAUCACUAUGCCAGCCACAAGCUGCCCAUCCAGGGAGCAGAGCACAUGUCCUUGCUCUAUCCGGUCACCAUGCAACCCUCCAGUUGCCUUGCAGCUGAGCAGUGACUUCUUGAGGAGGACUCGGGAUGAGCGCAGCUUGGCUGGGAAGUGCAUGUGAGCACUAGGACAAGAGAGGAGCCUUUUUGGGGGGGGGGCUCCAGAUUGCAGUUGCUUGCAUGGGGUCAGAGGUGUCAUGAGGAUGGAAGUUGUAGGUAGCCGAAACAGAGCUCAGAUCCAGGGAAUGUUCUGUCCUCUGCUCUGCAACCAUACUUUUGCAUGAUGGGAUUCCAGGCCAUCUCUGGUUGGGCACCAGUUAACUCCUCUUGGCAUCAUCAGGGCAGGUCCCCUAAAGUAGAAGAUCAGCUCUCAGGUUGGAAGGCUUGGAAUGACAAAGUUGGAUGCCACAUUGAGGGUGAAGGAGUCAAGCCCUCCUGAACUGCUAUGAUUCGCCCCCUCCAAAAGGCCUCAAUCAUAUCCGACAGGUGCUCCUUCAGGGCCACUUCCAGCAUGCACUUAUUUCAGAUGUUGCCUGUGUGAAUGAGGCAUCACAGAUUAAGUGUUCGUAUCAUUUGAUGUCACAUCAAACAUGGUAGUCAAUGGAGGCAGCUGACACGUUUUGACUGAGAAUCGUAAAGGGACAAGAGUGGGAACUUGCAAAUGUGCAAACCAGCUGCCCACAACUUGCUUGGAAGAGUGCUUCCUUGUCCAACUGGAUUCACAGCUGGCUCAUCUCUCUUUUGACCUCCAUUAGCAGCAACUUUAUUCCUUGGCCAAGAGAUGCUGGCAGUUUCCUGUUAGCAGAUUUAACUAUCCACAGGAUUUCACACUGGCAAGUGGCUCUGACUGGCCGCUGUUUGACAGGGCCCACCUCCCCAUUGAUUGGGAGAAUGAAGUUGGUGACAAUGCCUCUCCUGACUUCAACUGUAUGUGUCAAAUCUGGGGAGCUGUCCUCAGGUGUGUUAAGAGGCCCACCUACAAUUGGCUCUUCUGAUGGCUGGAUAUCUGCUCAUCUCUCCGCUGCUACUGCUUCCAAAAGGCCCAAGGUGAUCUUACCAGCUACCCUUCAGGCAGAGGUUCAGUGAACUAAGAGAAACGGUGAUAAGAAAGAUAGAGGGGCCAUAGCUCAGUGACAGAGCACAUGCUUGGCUUGCAGAAGGUCCAAUCCCAGGCAUCUCCAGUUGAAAGGAUCAGCUAGCCCAGGUGAAAGGGAAGAUCCUGGAGAACCACUGCUUUUAGUAGUAGUGAGCAAUGCGGGCCAGAAGGAUGGCUAAUGUGACUUUGUAUAAGGCAGUUUCCUAUGUUCCUGUGAUAGGAGUAUUUGCAUGUGUCAGGAUCCCUCUUAUUAUGAAUUUGCCCAGGAUGCAUUGUGAAACCCUCAUUUGGUACUAGUCAGGUGGUCUUUUGUUUCUGGCGUCUUUAAACAAAUAAAAAAAUGAAUUACAUGGAACACCUUCAUGGCUGUUA